GACAAGUACAAGAACAAAUAUCAUCUCAAUCUCCUUUGCCUUUCUUGAAGGUUUGUUCAUCUUCUCCAUAAAGAAAACCCCAAUUUACUAUUUGGGCUUCUGUUGGAGAGAAGACUUUGAAUUUCAAGGAAGUACCUGUUGGUCAAGAAUAUAGAAUAUAAGAAAAAUUCUUGACAACCUCUUUCCCAUUGCUUUCCACGGAGGUUGCUUCCACUCCAAUCAAACCUCAACAAUAAACAAAAACAAAACCAAUUUUGUCUAACCAUAUAUCCCCAAAGAGCAACGCUACACUUUUUGCCGUACUAAUCAUCUUAUCUGAAAUAAUACGCAUCAAAAUUUUGUGACGCGUUUUUUUUUUUUUUUCCUUCCAUGGAAGACGACCAUGAUCAAGCCACCAAACAACCUAAUGAUCAUCAUAAUCAAGAUCACCAUCAACGACCCCCUAGAGUCCCUUUCACCCUCCUCGACGAAGUACUCCGCUGUGAGUUCCUCCAAGAGCAAGACAGCCGGCCGCCCUUCUCUACGCUCGAAAGCAUCGAAAGCGAGAGCGAUACCAACUACGAUCAGGAGGAUUACGAGUUCUUCGAAUCCAGCGGGUUCGGACCGGAGCUAGGGUUUCUUGAUGAGGACGACGUCGACGACUAUGAAGGGGAAGACAUGGAGGAAGACGACGGCGACGACGAUGAUGAUGACGAACUGGACGUGGACGAACUGACUUACGAGGAGUUGAUUGCUUUAGGAGAGUUCAUAGGAGUUGAGAAGAGAGGGCUUUCUAUGAAUGAGAUCUCUUCUUGUUUGCAUCCAAUCGUGUGGAAAACGACGUCAUCGGUUAAUAGCAAUAAUAAGAAUCACAAGAACAUCAAGAUGAUGAGUAGUUUUAACGAUUCUGAUCGGUGUGUGAUUUGCCAGAUUGAGUAUGAAGACGGGGAAGAGCUCGUUAGUCUUCCUAAUUGUGAACAUCCUUACCAUUCCGAGUGCAUAAGCAAGUGGCUUCAGAUCAAGAAAUCUUGCCCUAUUUGCAGCACUGAAGUAAUUUCUUCUUCACCCUCGCCCAAGAAUACUACUAAAUAGUUAUAUCAUUAUAAUAUUAUUAUAAUUGUUGUUUUCAGGAUGGUCAGUUCUAUCUGAUGUUCUUGUUUUAUUGUUAAUUAAUUGGUUGAUUUGAUUUCAAAAGUGCUUGUUAUUGAAUUUAAUGAUAUUGGGGAAGAAUUUAAUAAACAGAAUAUGAUGUACGUA